UGUGCCUGGGGAGCCUGCCCAGCCAUGGCUGCCAAAGGACCACCAGAAGAAAAUCCAGUCAGAAUGGUAAAGUUGGUUGCCAGGGAUAUGCUGGAUGGCAUUUUUGAUGACUUAAUAGAAAAGAGAGUGUUACAUAGAGAUGAGUUAUACAGAGUAGAGGAAGGCAUUGACUACAUCAUGAAUGAUACUGAACAUCUAGUUGAGGAUAUCUUUGAAAAAGCAAAAAUGUCUGGCAAAAUCGUUGCAGACCACAUCAUCAAUUCCAAGCAACAGCUGAGUUUGAAAUUUGAUACUGAUGAUGAUGAUGAUGAAUCUCAGGAAAAUUCUGCAUCAUCUUCCUCUACAACAGAAUCCAUUGUACAGGAAGGUGAAGAAAUGGAGAAUGCUGCAGAUGCUUAUGCUUCAGGUCUGAUGCUGACAGAUCCUCAGCAAUCCCAGGCUGCCAAAACCAAUGAUACACUGACACUUUGCCCUCAGGAUCACUUCCAUAAACUGAAGACAGAAAAGGCAGAAGAAAUAUAUCCAGUGAUGGAGAAAGAAGGCCAGACAUGCCUGGCUCUCAUUAUCUGCAACAUAAAGUUCAAAUAUCUUUUUGAUCGAAGUGGUGCUGAGGUUGACCUUUUGAAUAUGAAAGACCUGCUUCAAAAUUUUGGAUACUCAGUGGUUGUAAAAGAGAAUCUGACAGCCCAGGAAAUGAAAGUGGAACUAAAACAGUUCGCUCUCCGUCCAGAGCAUGAGUCCUCUGACAGCACAUUCCUGGUGUUUAUGUCACACAGCAUCCUUGAAGGAAUCUGUGGGACCAAGCACAGAAAACAAGAGCCAGAUAUUCUUCAUGAUGACUCCAUCUUCACAAUCUUUAACAACUGUAACUGCUGGAGUCUGAGAGACAAACGUAAGGUCAUCAUCAUGCAGGCCUGUAGAGGCAGAGGCAAUGGCAUAGUAUGGGUAUCUACUAGCAGGGGGAUAGGCACAGCUGACACAGAUGACCGGAACUCAUGUUACAACUGGAAUGGUGCCAUCAAAAAAGCCCAUGUGGAGAAGGACUUCAUUGCCUUCAAAUCUUCCACCCCUCAUAACAUUUCUUGGAAACUAGGCACAAGUGGUUCUCUCUUCAUUUCCCAACUCAUCUUCUGCUUCAGAAAAUAUAGUUGGUGUUAUCAUUUGGAGGAAAUUUUUCGAAAGGUUCAACAUUCAUUUGAGACACCAAGUAUACUGACACAGAUGCCUACUAUUGAAAGAGUAUCAAUGACACGUUAUUUCUAUCUCUUUCCUGGUAACUAAAAAGCAAGCAAACAAACAGAAAAGAAAAACUAGAGAGCUUGCUUAGUAAUUGAGGCCCUUGCCUGUAAACCCAAAGUACCCAGGUUC